AUGCACGUAACACCAAAUGCCCAGUUUACCAACGUAUUAAAAACAAUAUAUUAUCCAGAACCGACUAUGGACAUGAGUUAUGAAAGAAAGAUACGUAUUUUGCAGUGCAACAUCCAAAGAAGCAUAUCUGCAGCUUUUAUUCUUGGUAAUCAUCUAAAUAACUACGACUUGGUGUUACUACAGGAGCCAUACUGUCGGUCUAAUGCUCCUGCUUGUUUACCUACCUAUUGCCCAAUUCUCCAGGGUAGAAGAAAAUACCCGUGGGCAGUCACCUUGGUGCCGAAUGUUAACCUUCCGAUCUUACAUCAUACUAAAUUCAGCGACGAGUGUAUUAUUGUCACUGAACUCCUAAACAACGAUGAGAGAGUUAUUAUAAUAAAUACAUAUUUCCCAGGGGAAAUAGACAAUGAUAAUUUUCUGGGGAAAUUACAACACAUCAUAGACGCAUUUCAAGAAGCACAAAUAGUCUUGGCAGGUGACCUAAACGCCCACUCUCCUGCAUGGGGUGGCAACCGUUUAGAUGGCAGAGGAAGACAACUUGAGGAAUUUCUGAAUCAAAACGACCUCCUGCUACUAAACAACCCAUUCUCACCCCUGACCUUCUGCUCACCUAGGGGAGAAUCAUGGAUAGACGUAGCAAUCUGCAGCUCUAGACUCUAUGCAAAAAUAACAAACUGGAGAGUACUGCCAGAGGAAUCAUUGAGUGAUCAUGCAUAUGUAACAUUUAACUUAAUUGGGAAAGGAAAUGAAGACACAAUAUGA